AUGCAUCUCGGACUCUUUGCCCUACCUCUCCUGGCGGCCACUGCCCAGGCCGCCGUAAAUUACUCCGAGCCCCUUCGGCCACAGGUUCAAUUCUCGCCGCCUGAAGGAUUCAUGAAUGAUCCUAAUGGGCUGUUUUAUGACGCGAAGCGGAGCACCUACCACUAUUACUAUCAAUACAACCCCGACGAACCAGUAGCGGGAAACCAGCAUUGGGGACAUGCAACCAGCCCGGACUUGUACCACUGGACCAACCACCCACUGGCUCUCGAGCCUGACAAUGCAGACACCUUCAUCUUCUCGGGAUCGGCUAUUAUCGACAGCGAGAACACAUCUGGCUUCUUCCCUGACCAAGACGACGGUGUAGUGGCUAUUUACACCGCCCACUCCUCUACCAAGGAAACACAACAUAUCGCUUAUUCCACUGAUGGUGGAUACACCUUUACCAAAUACGCCAACAACCCCGUCAUCGACAGCCAUACCAACCAAUUCCGGGAUCCCAAAGUCUUCUGGCACGCCGAGUCCCAGAAAUGGGCCAUGGUCAUUGCUUGGGCUGAAGACCUGAAAAUUGGUGUUUUCACAUCGCCUAACCUUAAGGACUGGACAGCGACAUCCAACUUCACACAGGAAGGACUUCCCGGUGACCAGUUCGAAUGUCCAAACCUCGUGAAAUUCAGCGUUGACGAAGAGACUACAAAGGACGUGCUGUUCAUAUCCGUCAACCCUGGCGCUCCCUUGGGAGGAUCUGGUACCUAUUACGUCGUCGGAGAUUUCAACGGAACUCACUUCAACUCCGAGACCGAGGACUACACCCUCAUCGACUUUUCCAAGGACAACUACGCUGCUCAAUGGUUCGAUAGUCUUCCUGAAGAUAGCAAACCUGUUUCCAUUGGCUGGGCCAGCAACUGGGACUACACUGAGGAGGUGCCCAGUGCUCGCGAGGGCUGGAGAAGCGCUGCCACUGUCCCUCGGGAGCACACCCUUACCAAGAUUGACGGCGCCUGGAGGGUGACCCAAACUCCUUUCCAGGGCCUUUCAUCGGUCAAGGGCAACAAGCUUGAAGAGAAGACAUUCAGCGAUGGUGACAUCUCUGUCGACUUCUCCAGCGUCGAGUCCAACGCCGUCUACUUUGACGUGGCCAUCAACAACCUCCCGUCUGCCGAUGCCACAGGCGAACUCACCUUCAACUUCACCUCCUCCGCCUCCGGCGACUACCUUGACGGCGCCGUCGAACUGAACACGGGAUCUUUCUGGAUCAACAGAGCAGGGACACACCUCUUCACAACGGCAGACAAUGGCAACUUCACUGGUCAAUUCGACACUUCCAUUUCCGUGUCUGAAUCCGGCCAGUUCACCUUCUCGGGUGUUAUUGACCGUUCUGUGUUUGAGGUCUUCCUCGAGGAUGGCAAGCAGAGCGGAGUGAUGAGUUUCUUCCCUACCAAGCCUUUGGAUACGGUGACUUUCGCUGCCACGGGGCUUGGUGAGGAUGUUACGGUUGAUGUUGGUGUUUGGGGGUUGAAGAGUGGAUGGAGUUCGUGA